CCACUAAUCUCACUUUUUUCUCUACAAUUCUCUUCACAUCUCACUAUUCUUUCUCUCUCUUAACGAUUUUCCCGAAAUCAGGGACACCCAUUAGCCCACCAUUGAUGAACUUCACUCCACUUCCUCUCAUCACAUUACUCAUUUCACCUUUCUCUCUGUUUUCGGUGUUUCUCAAACAAACCACGAAAAUCUCACUCUAUACCUUUAAUGCCCGGUUUUUCUUUCUGGGUUUGUUGCAUUUUCUGUUUCUGAACCGAUUUUGAGGUGAAACAUUUAGUGAUCUCUUGCAUUUCUUAAUCGCAUUGCCAUGAAACCUAAGAACCUUCACUAUCAUGGCUAUGAUGCUAAUGGGUACCAGUGUGAUGGGUCUCAGAGCAGUGGGAGUAGCUCUCCUAGUCCUCCUCACUCGCCGCCGCGUUAUGCUUCCUCUAAGUGCCGACGAAAGCCACGCUCCAAACCCCAUUAUUACCAACCACUGCGGGAACUAUUUGUCGGUGGUUUCACUUUCAGGUUUAGCUUUAGACAUAUGGUGCUUCUUCCUCUGCUUUAUAUCUCUGGUUUGAUCAUGUGCGUUGGCCCUUUCUCUUCUUUCGUCGGUCAGCCCCCUCCCCCUGGCUCGCUCUAUCGUAGCCAUCUAAUGUAUCACCGGCUCCAUCGCCAUAUUCAAUCUGAUAAUUCCUCUGCAAUUCAGUUGUCAUCAGUUUGGAAAUACAAAAGGCUGAAGGAGAGAAAGCCAUGUUCAAAUUCAACAACUUCUCGAUUGCAUUCAGAAUCCAAUGACCCCACUACUUACCUGAUUAUUGAUGCUAAUGGUGGACUCAACCAACAACGGUCUGCAAUCUGCAAUGCAGUGGCUGUGGCAGGGCUUCUAAAUGCCAUUCUAGUUAUUCCCCGCUUUGAGUUCCACAAUGUCUGGAAGGAUUCAAGUAAGUUUCGUGAUAUUUAUGAUGAGGAUCACUUCAUAGCUGCCCUUGAUGGUCACGUUAAAGUUGUUAAAGAGCUACCUGAGGCUUUAAUGCAAAGAUAUGAUUACAACAUUUCUAAUAUACCAAACUUUCACGUACAAGCUUGGUCUACUGCUAAUUAUUAUUUGGCAGAGGUUCUACCUGUUUUGCGAAGGGAAGGGGUAGUUCGAGUGUCCCCUUUUGCCAACAGAUUGGCUAUGAAUAUUCCACCUGAAAUUCAAUUCUUAAGAUGCUUGGCCAAUUAUGAAGCACUGAAGUUCUCUUCUCCUAUUCUGACUUUUGCACAUAAGCUAGUUAGCCGGAUGAUUGAAAAGAGUUCAGGAGAUGAUGGGAAGUAUGUUUCCAUCCACCUACGAUUUGAGGAGGACAUGGUAGCUUUCUCCUGUUGUGUAUAUGAUGGAGGUGAAGCUGAAAAGGUUGAAAUGGAUUCAAUUCGAGAAAAAGGAUGGAAGCAGAAAUUCAAACUCAAAAACCAUCUCAUUUCACCUAGUCUUAACCGAAUUAAUGGAAAAUGCCCUUUAACCCCCUUGGAGGUUGGAAUGAUGUUGCGCGGUAUGGGAUUUGAUAACAACACCUCCAUUUAUUUGGCUUCGGGUAAGUUAUACCAGGCAGAGAGAUAUUUAGCUCCACUGCAGGAAAUGUUUCCUCUUUUGCAUACAAAGGAAUCACUUGCUACGCCAGAUGAACUUGCUCCGUUUAUGGAAUAUUCUUCAAGAUUGGCUGCUUUGGAUUAUAUGGUAUGCUUGUUAAGUGAGGUCUUUGUUACCACUCAGGGAGGUAAUUUUCCACACUUCCUAAUGGGGCACAGACGGUUCCUUUACGAUGGACACGCCAAGACAAUCAAGCCUGAUAAACGAAAGCUUGCUAUUUUAAUGGAUGAUAGAAUAAAAUUGAGCUGGAAAGAAUUCAAGGAACAAAUGGGAGUGAUGCUUUCAGAGAGCGACCGAAAGGGGCUAAUGGUACCUAGAAUCAGACGAUUCAACAGAAAAACGUCUGUCUAUACUUACCCUUUACCCGAAUGCAGAUGUCUGCAAAAACCCCAUAAUACUAACUCCACAGACGACAAUUAUAUGCUCUAUCAGCUCUUUGGAUCCAUGAGAUAGCAAUUGAAUUUCCCAUCAAAAUGGUACUGAUUUGCAUCUAUGAUUCCAAAGCAAACAGAUCCUCUAAGGUGGAGGAUUCUGCAGUCACGUGGCUCGAAAUGGGAAAAUCCCAUUGGCUUUAAAUUUUGCUCGGUGUAGAUAGUCGCUGUCUUGGUAGCACGGAUGAAAAUGCAAGCAAGUUAACAUUGUAAACGAAAUGUAAUGAUUUUCUUAUAUUGAUCUUAAAUGAGUGAAAUUAAAUCUUCCCCUUUGUGUU